AUGGGUGAUAUUUCUAUCAGUAAUGGGAAUUGCAUUAAUGGAUAUGGCCAAAGAAAGAGCUGCUGGUAUGAAGAAGAGAUUGAAGAAAACCUGAGAUGGUGCUUUGCUCUUAAUGGUAUUUUGCACACAGGUGCCACUCAAUUCCAGGACAUUCAACUUUUGGACACUAAGCCCUUUGGAAAGGCUCUGGUAAUUGAUGGAAAGCUUCAAAGUGCAGAGAUAGAUGAGUUCAUCUACCAUGAAUCACUUGUUCAUCCAGCACUCCUUAAUCAUCUGAAUCCAAAAACUAUCUUUAUCAUGGGAGGAGGUGAAGGUUCCACUGCAAGAGAAAUACUCAGACAUACCGGUCACCUCUUCCAACAGUACACUGACAUUGAUGAGGAAGUGGUGGAAUUUUGCAAGUCAUACUUGGUGGUUAAUAGAGAAGCUUUCUGUGAUCCUAGACUAGAACUCAUGAUCAAUGAUGCCAGGGCUGAGCUUGAAAGGAGAGAGGAGUUUUAUGAUGUGAUCAUAGGAGAUUUGGCAGAUCCAAUAGAAGGAGGCCCAUGCUACCAACUCUACACCAAAUCCUUUUAUGAAUUCACAGUUAAACCAAGACUUAACCCUGGUGGUAUUUUUGUCACUCAGGCUGGCCCUGCCGGGAUUUUCAGCCAUACAGAAGUUUUUUCUUGUAUCUACAACACUCUGAGGCAGGUUUUCAAGUAUGUUGUGCCUUAUUCUGCUCACAUUCCUUCCUAUGCUGAUACUUGGGGCUGGGUCAUGGCAUCGGAUUCGCCUUUUAUGUCGAAUGCUGAUGAUUUAGACCUCAGAAUUAAACAGAGGAUGAAAGGGGAAAACAGAUAUCUUGAUGGCAAAACAUUCACAUCUGCCUCUACCUUAAGCAAAGCAGUUCGCGAAUCGCUACGCAAUGAGACUCAUGUUUACACAGAAGGAAAUGCAAGGUUUAUUUAUGGACAUGGGACUGCUUACAAGCACAAUCAAUCUUGA